GGAUGGGGAGAAGCCCCACCAGUGCUUGGAGUGUGGGAGGAGUUUCUUCACAAGGUCCCGCCUGCUCCGCCACCAGAUGAUCCACACGGGGGAACGGCCCUAUGAGUGUGGGAAAUGUGGGAAGGGCUUCAGAGACACCUCGGAUCUGCUCUGCCACCAGACCGUCCACACCGGGGAACGUCCCUAUGAAUGUGGGGAGUGUGGGAAGGGCUUCAGCGUCAGCUCCCACCUGACUGUCCACCAGAGGAUCCACACCGGGGCACGGCCCUACGAAUGUGGGGAAUGUGGGAAGAACUUCAGCAUCGGCUCUGAGCUGAGAGUCCACCAGAUGAUCCACACUGGGGAAUGGCCCUACGAAUGUGGGGAAUGUGGAAAGAACUUCAGCAUCAGCUCCAGUUUGAUCCGCCACCGGAUGAUCCACACCGGGGAACGGCCCUACCAGUGUGAGGAAUGUGGGAAGGGCUUCAGGAGGAGCUCCCACUUGGUCAGGCACCAGAUGACCCACACUGGGGUGCGACCCUAUGUGUGUAGGGAAUGUGGGAAGGGCUUCCGUGACAGCACUGACCUGAUCAUCCACCAGUCAUUGCACACCGGGGAAUGUCCCUACAAGUGCUCCGAGUGUGGGAAGAGCUUCACCCAGCGCUCCAACCUGAUCAUCCACCAGAGGAGCCACACCGGGGAGAAGCCCUACACGUGCUCAGAAUGUGGGAAAAGCUUCUCCCAGCGCUCCAACCUGAUCACCCACCAGAGGGUCCACACUGGGGAGAGGCCCUACAAGUGCUCAGAGUGUGGGAAGAGAUUCACCCAGAGCUCCUACCUGAACAUCCACCAGAAGAUCCACACCAGGGAGAGGCCCCACAAGUGCUCACAAUGUGAGAAGAGCUUCAUCUAUCGCUCCAGGCUUAUCGCCCACCAGUGCACCCACGCCAUGGAGGGACCCUAA